AUGGGGAAGUCCACUGAGGAUCCCAAAAACAAUAAGCGCACCCUCCUUGAUGAUAGCGACUCCGAACCAGAAGAUGGAGGCGCCGCUAUUGCCACGACCGGCUUCAAGGUGAACGAGGACUUUGCCCGUCGUUUCGAGCACAACAAGAAACGGGAAGAGAGACAUAGACUAGAAGAGAAGUUCAAGAAUACAGGGAAGCAGCCAGACAAUGACGACGACGGCGAGUCGUCCUCGUCUGACGAGGAGGAGGAUGAAGAUGGCUUUCUUGCGACUGAAGAUCUCGACGCCCAGAUCUCUGCCACUCUCCAAGCCAUUCGAAACAAGGAUCCCAAGGUCUACGAUAAGGAAGUGACCUUCUACAAGCCCGAUGACCCCACCGCCACAGCAACCGAGAAGGAAAAGAAGGAAAAGCCGAUCUACUUGAAGGAUUACCACCGAGAAAAGUACAUGCGGGGUGACACUGGUGCCGAGGAUGCCGGCGAGGAUGUGCCCAUGACCUACAACCAGGAACAAGAUGUUCUCAAGAAUUCAAUCGUGGCUGAGAUGCAUGCUGCCGCCAAUGACAACUCUGACGACGAGGACGGCGGUUUCAUGAAGCGAAAGGAGGCGGACAGGGCGGACUCAAAUGGUGUGCACCCCUCGCGCAAAGCAGCCAUGGCCAUCACCGAGGUAGAUGUUGCCAACGCCGACAAGAACCCUGAGACUUUCUUGUCAAAUUUCAUGAGCGCGCGUGCCUGGGUCCCUCCAGAUGGUUCGAACUGGAAAGCGUUUGAGUCGGAUGAAGGAGAGGAUGACGAUGACCGCGCCGAUCAGUUUGAACAGGCUUAUAACUUGCGAUUCGAGGACCCGGAGCGGAGCAACGAAUUCCUUCGAUCAUAUGCUCGUGAUGUUGCCGCAGCCAAGUCAGUCAGACGUGAGGAGAAGACUGGCCGCAAGCGUCAACGUGAACUUGAACGUGAGCGUAAGGAGGCCGAGAAGAAGGAGAGGCGUGAGGAGAAGGCUCGUCUAAAGAAGCUCAAGCUUGAUGAGGCCCAGGAAAGGCUGCGCAAGAUCAAGCGCACAGCUGGCAAUGCGGGCAAGGAUCUCACCGAUGAGGACUGGAUCAAGUUCCUCGACGACGCAUGGGAGGAUGACAAGUGGGAAGAGGAGAUGAAGAAGAGAUUUGGUGACGAUUACUAUGCUCAACAAGACGAUGCUGUAGCAUCAGAGGACGAGGAACAAGAAGGCGGAAAGAACAAGUCCAAGCAUCCCAAGAAGCCAAAAUGGGAUGAUGAUAUCGACAUCAAGGAUAUCAUUCCAGAUUUCGAGGACGAUGAAAAGAAGCCAAACAUUAGCCUGAGUGAUGUCGAAGACGACGCCCAGGAGGGUGAGGGUGAGGGUGAGGGUGAGGGUGAGGGUGAGGGUGAGGGUGAGGGUGAGGGUGAGGGUGAGGGUGAGGGUGAGGGUGAGGGUGAGGGUGACGAGGACGAGGACGAGGGCGAGGAUGGCCGGGCCUCAAAGAAGCGCAAGACAGAUCACAAGAAGGCCCGUAAGGAGUCACAGAAGCAAGCUCGUCAAGAGCGCGCCAAGCUUGAGGCUCUUGUAGACUCCAAACUUGAGCUUACCGACCAUGCCAUCUUCAAGCAAUCAUCUCAUGCUCCUUUCCGCUACCGCGAGACCUCCCCCCAAUCUUUUGGAAUGACCGCGCGCGAUAUUCUCCUCGCUCCCUCCGACGCUGCCCUCAACGACUAUGCUGGGCUCAAGAAACUUGCCACCUUCCGCGACCAGGAAAAGAAGCGCAAAGACAAGAAGCGUCUCGGUAAGAAGGCUCGUCUACGCCAGUGGCGUCGUGAGAUCUUUGGAAAGGAGUAUGAGCGCGACGGUCCUACAUAUGGCUUCGAGCGCUUGAUCUCUGCUGAUGAAGACGCUGGUGGCGCCGUGAUCGAGCCCGCGAGUGAUAAGAAGAGGAAGCACAAGAAAGAAGAUGGCGAGGAGGAUAACGUGGUAGGCGAUGUUGGUGAGAGGAAGAAGAAGCGAAAGAGAUCCAAGAGCAAGAAGAAUGCUUCUACCACCACAGCUGAGGAAUAG